AUGUCAAAAAAUGUUGGAAGUGCAGAAAGUAUAUUAAAUAACGAUAUCGAUGACGGACGCCACAUUAUGAACAUGAAAACUUUCGAUGGACGAAAUCGUCUGAAAACGGUUACAGAUGGUGUUGUACAACCAGCUGAUCGACAAGAUUCAUUAAUGCUUUGUCAGCAAUUGCAAGAACAAGAUGGUUUUGACUUUAUGGAUCAGAGCAUGGACCUCACUCCCUAUUUAAGAGAUCUACGGGGAAUAGAUGACAGUAGCGAAGAUCUAGAACCCAUUAUCGAUAAACAGAGGAUACUUGAAUAUGAUAUACGAAUGCAACAUAGCGUUUGUGGGUGUGUCAAUCAAUAUGCAGAUUUAACAAGCAUUGCAGAAGCUAUAAAAUCCGAUACAAGUCUGGAUGAUGCAUUGGUUGCAGUACCAGAAACAUCUGGUUUUGCAGUAACUUUUCAGCCAGUGAAGACGGAAAUAACAAGUGGCGAGGAAGUGAAAAGAACACGAGAAACUCGACUAGCAUCAUCCGGGAAGAAGGAUACAUCAGAACAGAUCGAAAUUUCUUUUACACCAACUAUCAAGCCUAGAAAGUAUUCAUUGAAGCCAGAAGCGGAAAAGAAAAAUCCGUUGUAUCGACUGAAGCGUGAAAAAAAUAAUGAUGCCGUAAGACGGUCGCGUACGAAAGCGAAGCAGCAACAAAAAAUGAAAGAUGAACAAAUCAAACAACUUCAAUGUCAAGUUACCGAAUUUGGUAAAGCAGUAAAUGUCAAAGAUGAACAAAUCGUGCAUCUUGAAAAUGCAAUUCAUGAAGUGAAAGAAGAAAAUCGGCAUUUACGCGUCGAAAACAUGCGAUUGAAGAGUGAAUUAAAUCAAGCAAAAAAACGGUGUUCUGCUCGCACCGUCUAA